CCUUCUUUAAUUGGUCCCAGUUGAAACGGAGGACCAAAUUCCUCAGCACAAUCCGGUGUGGCCAAAAUGGCGGCGGCCAUACGGUGCCUCGGCAGAGCCUUGAUACAUCAUCAAAGGCCUAGUCCUUCCAAGAUGGUUUAUCAGACAUCCCUUUAUCCCUGUUCCAUAAACAUUCAAGUGCCCAAUAGACAUUUUGCUGCUGCUGCUACUAAGCCUGCAAAGAAAACAAAAAAAGGUACCAAAGAAAAAGCACAAGAUGAAAAAAAAGAUGAGAUAGAAAAAAUAAAGUCAUAUCCCUUCAUGGAAGGUGAACCUGCAGAUGAUGUCUAUUUAAAACGCUUAUACCCGAGGCAAAUAUAUGAGGUGGAGAAAGCUGUUCACUUACUUAAGAAAUUUCAAAUUCUGGACUUUACCAAUCCAAAGCAAGGUGUUUAUAUUGAUUUGACCCUGGAUAUGGCAUUAGGAAAGAAGAAAAGAGUGGAGCCAUUUGCGAGUGUUAUUGGAUUUCCAUACCCAUUUUCUUCAGAAAUAAAUAAAGUUGCUGUAUUUACAGGGAAUCCAUCAGAGAUUAAAAUAGCAGAAGAGAACGGAGCAGCAUUUGCAGGAGGAACUGAUCUGGUUCAGAAGAUUUUGGAUGAUGAAAUUCAGGUAGACUUUUAUAUAGCUGUUCCAGAAAUGAUGCCUGAACUUAAUCCAUUAAGGAAGAAACUGAAAAAAAGAUUUCCAAAACUUACUCGGAAUUCCAUUGGCCGCGACAUUCCCAAAAUGCUUGAAUUAUUUAAAACUGGACAUGAAAUUGAGGUAGAUGAAGAAAGGGAGAACUUUCUCGAGACCAAAAUAGCAACACUGGACAUGUCAAGUGAACAGAUAGCCGCCAAUUUGCAAGCAGUUAUUAACGAAGUGUGUAGGCACAGACCACUGAAUUUGGGUCCCUUUGUGGUACGAGCUUUCCUUCGUAGCUCAACAAGUGAAGGUUUGCUGUUGAAGAUUGAUCCAUUGUUGCCUAAAGAAGAAGCAACCGAAGAAAAGAAUAAAGCAGCUAUUUAAAAGUGUUGCAUUGUGAAAUUUUUUGUAGUGGAUUAAGAAGCAGCAGAUAAAAGUAUUAAACUGUACAGUGUCCUUGUU